CAAAAAUGAUUGCUUUGAUGGACGUGACGAAAUCAAUUGCAGUAAGUUACAAGGCAAACUAAUUCGUGUAAUCAUCCUACAUAUUUGAUUAAAAAAAGAAACAUUUUGUAAACGGUUUAAUACCGUAAGCUAUUAUUAUUUUUCUUUGACAUGUUUCUUUUUAAAAACACAGCUUUUAUAUGCUUUAAACUGACGUAAAUGUUAUACAUGUAUAUUUGUAGUUAUAGGAAAGACGUGAAGCAAUAAUAAAUAGAGGAUAUUGAAUGAGUGUAGGUUUAAUACUAAAUUUAUUGAACGAGUUGAAUAAAAUCAUAUUAUGCGAGCCUCUGGCCAAUAUUGAAGAAAAUCGUUUUUAUUCAACGAGUUCAAUAAAUUUAGUAUUGAAUCUACACGAAUAUAAUAUUCUGUUUAUCACAUAAUCUAAAAUAAGAACAAUAAACUGUAAAAACGAGUAAUUUUUCAACGACGCGCCUAUAGUGUAACGCUAACAUUAGCGCGCUUUAGCGCUAUGUUUCUAUAUAGCGCAAAUGACUUCAAAGUGGUAUUACACUAAUGUAAUAUCGUUUUUAUUAAAUGGCUUUAUUACACUCCUGCGCCGCGGUUUAUGUGAUAAAAAGGUUUACAAAUAUGUAGCUUCUUGUCGAUGGGGCAACUUCAAAUGUGGUGACAAUACUUGUAUUCCAAACUCUCGUGUUUGUGAUAUGUAUGAGGAUUGUGAAGAUGGCUCUGAUGAAAGGUCGUGUCAGCGGAAAUACUCGACGUGUGAAGAGUUAUGGGAAGACGGUUUCACUGAAAAUAAGACGUAUCUUAUAGAAGGCAAAAUUUACAUUACGAUUUUGAUACAAAACAAUUUCAGAUUACUUAUAAAAUAUAUACUUUCCAAUUACAAAUCAUUUUAUGCAUAUUUGAUUUAAUAAACAGUUUGAAAGUUAUAGCUUAGAUAUUUGAUAACGAAUACUGACAAUAAUAAAUCUUUUUAAUGCUGUAGAAAAAUCAUACAGGGUAGAAAUUAAGCAAAGGAGGAUUUUAUUAUUUUUCUAUCGUAAUUGUUUCGUUUUCUUGUUAAUCAAUGAUCUUUUGUUUGAAAUUGUAGAUAAUGAAAUAUACAUUUAUUGUGGCUUUGACUUCCUACAAGCCACAGGGUCUUUAUCAAUAACAAUGAUUUACCUGAACUCUGACUGGAAACAAGCUUCCGAUAAAGAGUUCAAAAUUACAACACCAGGUGUUGAGACAGCGUUAAAUGAUAACUUUAAAUGUACUCAGAAGUUUAUAGAACUUCCACACAGAGACAGAAUCAAAGUUAUGAGGUUGGAUAACCAGUCUGUCGAAUUUAAAGAGUUAGAAUACGUGCUCAGUUUAGAUAUUGAUGUAUUCGAAAAUAAAACAGAUAGAUCAGUUGAUGCUUCUUUUUCUGUGACACAAACAAUACGAGACAGAACACAUAUCUUUUCUCUACUAAUAGGGAGCAGUUUUAAACAUCCCGAAAACAGAUUAUCGAUUGGAUCUGUUGUUUGUAAGAAAGAUGCCGACUUGAAAAGAAAGAAGAUACCAUGCCGUAAAGGUGUUAAAGCUGUAGACGCCAGUAAGAAGUGUUUGUAUGAAAAAGAUCCUGGUGAUAAAAUAAUUGGCUGCAGAUCUUUUAACCAUCUACAACAUUGCGAACAUUUCUCUUGCCCAGACAAUUACUUUAAAUGCCCGUUGAGUUACUGUGUGCCACUUAAGUACGUUUGUAACGGUCGAAUUGAUUGCGGCGACGGAUCAGAUGAGCACAACUGUGAUUGCAAUGAAAACGAGAGGCGAUACAUAAUUAUUUCAACUUCAGAAGCAUUCCUUAUCGGCCAACUUCAUAUACUAUUUAUGGUUACAAGAUUAGGAAAUGUGUUGUAUACAUCGAACAGCACAGUAAAAACGUUGAUAGAUAUGGAGAAAAUUGGGAAAACAGCAAUUCUUGAUAUUAACUCUAACAGCGCAAUUUCGCCCAUUCUAACGUGGAUCCCUUUUGCAAAUUCACUUUCUCGAAUUUUAGAAAGUACAUCAGGUGCACCAACAUCAGUCAUUCGAAUAUCUGAUGGAGUAGACAGGUUUUUAGAAGACAGUUUAUAUGCAUAUCCUAACAAAUAUGCCGACGACAUUAAAUGGUAUAAACUUCUUUAUGACGAACAAAUGAACAUCAGUUUGUCAAUUUAUGAAGAUACGAAUAUAACAACAAUAAAAAUUAGACAUAAAAAUAUGAUUACCAACCUAGGAUCGACUUUAUUUCCAGGACUCUGCAAAAAGUCAUCAUAUGAUUGUAAGGGAAACUAUCGGUGUCGCAUGAGUCGAGUUUGUAUUCCAAAUGUACAAGUUUGCGACGGCAUCAAACAUUGCCCAUAUAGUGAUGAUGAAAAAUAUUGUGAAGUACAAUGUCCACGCGGUUGUGUUUGUAACAUUGCAGUCGUAAAUUGUUCAGGAGCUGACAAAUCAGUUACGAAAAUCGAAAUUGGAGUAUCAACAAGAAUAUUAGAUGUCAGUAAUACCAUACAUCUAGGCAAAUAUGUCUUGAAAACUGCAAUAUCUUCCCCAUUUCUAGUGUUUUUAAAUCUAUCUUUGUCUAAUUUGGAAGAGGUCGACUUCGAAUCCUUUAUUUAUUUCGAAAAUCUUGUUACACUUGAUUUAAGCUAUAAUUUUUUGAGAGUAUUGCACAGAAAUUCCUUCUUAAAAUUAAAACAUCUAAGACAAUUCAUUCUUAAAGGCAAUCAACGAUAUUUAAGAUUAGCACCCGGCGCAUUUAGAGGACUACAAAUAAAAACAUUAAAUUUGAAUGCAGCAGGCAUUGUUGCCUUGGAGAAAAAUACAUUUGAAGGAUUAAAUCUCUCAGUAUUAGAUAUUUCAAAUAACGAAAUUCAAGAAAUUCAAGAUUUCAGCUUUGCUGGACUUUAUGCAAGCACUAUUAUUAUCAACAACAAUCCGAUUAUAGAUUUCGGUAAAGGCCUCUUUGCUGGAGUGAAUGGUGUGGUGAUGUUAAAGACUCCAGCGUAUAAAUUUUGUUGCUUAAGGCCUACUUAUGUAGAGGAAAGCAGCUGUUUUCCAUACAAAGAUGAGUUUUCCUCAUGUGAAGACUUAAUGCGCAGAGCUGUAUUGCGCGUUCUUCUUUGGAUUUUUGGAUUAUUAGCAUUAUCUGGAAACGUAUUUUCUAUAGUCUACCGACUUUUUCAUGAUGGUAAAAGGCUUAAACUAGGCUACGGGAUAUUUGUAACAAAUCUGGCUGCUGCUGACCUGCUGAUGGGAAUAUACAUGUUAACAAUUGCCAUCGCUGAUCAGGUUUUCCGGAAUAGAUAUGUAGAAGUAGACGAAUAUUGGCGAAACAGUGCAUGGUGUAAGUUUGCUGGAAUCUUGUCCACCACAUCGUCAGAAGCUAGCGUCCUAUUCAUGUGUCUCAUAACGUUAGAUAGAAUAUUGGUCGUCAGGUUUCCAUUUGGACAAGUCCGAUUCAGUACAUUGUCAGCAACAUAUGUUUCAGCUGCCUGUUGGAUUUUUGCACUUACGAUUGCUUUUCUGCCAGAAAUCUACAAAGACUAUUUUAAAGGAAAAUUUUACAGCAAAACAGCUGUUUGCCUUGCCUUACCGUUAACAGAUGAAAGACCCCCUGGCUGGUUAUACUCUAUUUCCAUAUUCAUUGGGCUCAACCUAGUAAUGUUUGUCUUAAUAGCCAUUGGUCAGUUGAUGAUUUAUAUAGAAAUGAAGCAACACGCAUCUGUUCAAGUAAAAAAGGUUUCAAGAGAUAAUGACUUGAAAGUUGCAAGGAAUUUACUUCUUAUUGUUGCCACCGACUUUCUCUGCUGGUUCCCAAUUGGUAUAAUGGGUAUACUGGCAAUUCGUGGCUUCGCCAUUCCUAGCGAAGUUUAUGCCUGGACAGCUGUUCUAGUGUUACCUAUUAAUUCAGCUUUAAAUCCGUUUAUGUACACAUUAUCAGCUAUUAUUGGACAAAAGAAAUUCAACCCUAACAUUGCGGAGCAAACACGAUCUUGUGAAGAUAUUUCUCGGUCGAUAGUCGGAUUACACAAGUACAUUUCCAUAUCAAGAAAAGAAGACAUCAAAACCUUUCAGUCGCUAUCGUAUAUUCAACGUAAAAAGAAGCUACAAGUAAAACAGUUAAUUGCCAUAGUCUAUCAUAUCGUCAAAUUUGAAGACCUUCUACAUGACAACAGCUUAGUUUUGAAAGCGAUUUCAGAAGAUGACAUCCUCAUUCAAACGCAGAUGACACAACAGAUCGACAAAAGCAUCUGUAUUUUGACAAAGCCUGUCAUUUGUAAAAAUAAAACAGACUUUAAUGAUGACAUGUAUAACGUUGGAUUACUGAUAAGAGGGUUGCUUUACAAGUUGAAUCGUUAAAAAUGGAAAAAUAACACUAAGAUUGAAAACGGGAAUUUUUGAAGUGUACGGUCUGAAAGAGCAUUGAUGUCCAACAAACAUAGUCAAAGUCAAAGUCAAAUAAUUUAUUGGCAAAAACAUAAAUAAAUCACCGUUGAGUACUAAUUAUAAUAACUAUAUAUACUAUAUCUUUUUACACACAGCAUGUGAGUCAGAGGUACCGUUACUAUAUGUGUAAAACUAUGUGUCGUUUUUUAUCUUUAUAUAUUUUUUUAUAUUUAUUGUAUGUUAUGUAUAAAGGCUUUAUUUUGAAUGUAAUAAGUAUAAAUUUCCUGAAUAGCUCAGUAAUUAGAACGCAGAACUAAUAAUGUCAAUUUUGUGGGCUCAAUACCUACCCACGCCCCUAUCAUUUUUAAUAAUUUUUUUCAUUUGAUGUUUAUAUAAUUUUUCAUAUUCAUUCAUCCUCUUUCAAGAAGUUCUUUUCAUGUUAAUUCUAGAAUAUUUGUUCUCUAAGUAGUUUAGUAUUCUAGAUUGUUCAUUAAUAGAAUAUAUAUAAUAAAUGUUUGUACUUCAAGGUGUGUGCUAAUUUAUAAUAUUGUGUUAUGUCAAUAUACUUACUGUUUGCUAUUUUACUUGUAAUAUCGUAAAGGUAACAAAAAAUAUAUUAGUUUAAAUUCUGUAAUUCUGUGUGGAAAGUGUUUUGGACAAAUUGUAUUUAUUUUGCUGUUGACAUUGAACAUUAAUUAAAUUUAAGUUGUGAACAGUUGAAUUUCAAACUAUAAGUCAAACUUUAGAAUAUUAAUUUUGUUAAAUUUGUAUCGUAAACAAUUGUAAGUUAAACUUAACUUUC